CCUAAUGUGCAACAGGUUCAUGACUCGGAAUUGGGUAAAGCACACGAGUCGAAAAUACGAUGGCUGCACCACUGCUGAGGGGCCUGCCACUCCUCCGUCACCGCCUCCACCUCCACCGCCGCCGCCUAACACUUGGCUCGCUCUCUCUCCGCCCGUGGUUCACUUCUGUGGAAUCCAUCCCUCCUGACGACAAAACUGGUCCUUCCACGACCACCCAGACCACUACCAUUCCAGGACUGAGCGCCAGAGACUCAGUAGCAAACCCCAGAAGAUCUUGGGACGACCCAGAUUACCGAAAAUGGAAAGACAAGGAAGCUGAAAUACUCGAAGAUAUCGAGCCCGUAAUUUCUUUAGCCAAAGAAAUCAUCCAUUCUAACAGGUACAUGGAUGGUGAACGGCUAACUGCAGAAGAUGAGAAAACUGUGAUCGAGAGACUUCUUGCUUAUCACCCUCAUUCUGAAGAUAAAAUUGGAUGUGGACUUGAUUCAAUCAUGGUGGAUCGGCAUCCCCAAUUUAGACACUCAAGGUGCCUCUUUGUCGUGAGAACUGAUGGUGGAUGGAUUGACUUCUCCUACCAGAAGUGUCUUCGGGCUUAUAUUCGAGAUAAGUACCCUUCUCACGCUGAAAGAUUUAUAAAAGGACAUUUUAAGCGUAGCAGCAGUUAGGUGAUAAUGCAGUA